ACUAAGAAACGGGUCAUAACUCAACCUGCCUAUUUUUUACUAAGUAUUUAAAUUUUCCUAAAGCUUUUUCCCCACCCUUUAUUAUGGGCUUAUGGUUAUAUACAACAUAUCAACAAAACUUUUUUAAAAAACAUUUUGACAGUUUCUCAUGGGUACUACGUUCAACCCAUAUUGUAGAUGGGUUGAAUUGGACGGAUUAAAAGGGGCAGAGCUAAUAUUCCGCCCUAACUUCAAUGAGUUGGAUGAUUCAUGUUUUCAUGAGCUAAUUUAAUCACUAUUAAUACCUCGGAAAGUAAAUGAUUAUGAGUUCAUUUUUAUUUAUUUAUUUAUCUCUUUUGUUUUAUAGUGAUACUAUGUCGGAGUAUAGUGAGAAAACUCGAGAAGUAGCAAAAGGAUUACUUGCAGGAAUAUCAGAAGGCUUAGGACUUGAAGAAUGUUUCUUGGACAAAGCUCUAGACAUGAAGUCAGGAUUUCAGAUAUUCAUUGCAAAUUAUUACCCACGUUGUCCUCAGCCUGAACUUGCACUUGGAAUGCCACCUCAUUCAGAUCAUGGCCUUUUAACUCUUAUUAUUCAAAACCAAGUUGGAGGUCUACAAGUUCAACAUCAAGGCAAAUGGAUUCAUGUCAAUGCUCUUCCAAAUUCUCUCUUGGUCAAUACUGGUGAUCAUCUUGAGAUUUUCAGUAAUGGCAAAUACAAGAGCAAUGUACACAGAGUAGUGGUAAACAACACAAGUCCAAGAAUAUCAGUUGCUGUUGCUCAUGGACCAUCACUAGAAGCAAUUGUGAGCCCUGCUUGCCCAUUGGUACAAAGUGAAAGCAACCCUCCAGCUUAUAUACCAAUGAAGUACAAGGAUUACAUCGAGUUGCAGCAGAGUAAUCAACUUCACCAAAAAUCCAUCUUGGAACAGGUCAAGAUUCUGAAAGAAGACACAGAUUUUGGAAAUUUUCUCUGUGUAUUUUAUUGA